UGUAACCACGCUAGACUGAAAACGGGACAGCGCCAUCAGUGACCACUGACCGCCCGUCGAGUGAGAACGUGCAAGAGCCGCAAUCUGUUUGGAACGACGGCGGCAGAUAUCUCCUUGUUCUGGCAGUUCGCUCUUCUGGUUGCCCUCACGCAGGAUAUUCGGGUCUGGCUCAUUGUUGGGGGGCUGAGUUGCGAUUCUAAUUGAUUUUCCGUCGUGUCAUGUUGAGAUUAGCGUGACGUGAUUCAAGCUGGUAUCGGGAAGCUCCAUCACGCAUUGAAACGAGAUCGACCACGGGCAACUCCACGCAGUCGUAUCGAUAGAGGAUCGAAUUCAAGAACAAUACAUCGAUUCUACACACUGGAAAGUUGGUGGCUUGCCAGGUACGGGCAGAGCUGAUCUGCUAUUUGGCGCAGACUUUCUGUUCUCUCGUCACACCGCACCGCCACGAUCGUGACACCUACGAAUAUUCCUAGCAAGCAGAUUACGCAAUGCCUCCAGCAAAAGGCCCGGGUUCAGGAAGGAGAAAUCCAAGUGUGCUGGUCACCGAUUCUCGCGAGCAACAACAGCCAGCACGCCGCAGCCCAGCCUCAACACGUUUCAUAACCGUCGAUAAUGUCCUACAGUAUGCGUCUGAUGUGCCCUCGAUGCAGCAGCGGCACCCUCCGCAGGGCGUGCGACAGCGUCCGCGCUCCCGCCUGGCAUCGGGCGGUGGUCUGAUUGGCAGCGGGGGCGGCGGCGGAAUGGGUUCGAGCAACGCGACAGGGACAAUGGGAAGAUUGGCUGCUCAGCCCAGACUGCCACCACGGACGACAAAGGUCAGCGAGAAAUUGGUGUUGCUUCCGGAAACAGACCAAGUAACGCAGGAAGAAGAGGAAGAAGAACAGGCGGACGAGGAGGCGGUUCGCAAAUUGGCGGAGGAGCGGAAUCUGGACCCUGAGAUUGUUAGAAGGCAAUUGGCUUUGGGGAGACAACAGGGCGACUUCGAUGUCGAUAAUGAAAUUGCGCCAUUGCUUGCGGACGAGGAGUUAAAGCGCCGUCGCCGCGUUCCUCCUGAGAAGGCAAAGAGCUACGCGGAACGGCUGCCAAAGGCCCGUCGGGCUGAAAAGCUGGCUCGGGUUACGGCAUACUGCACGGCACAGGCUUACAAGAUGAGCACAACGGCUGCUUUCCUGAAGGAAUGGCAUGGUGCAAGGACAAAGCUGUACGAUGACUGUCUCUAUGUCGCUUAUCAACUGCCGCUGCUGCCCGGCCGCGGGGGCUACAGGAUUAAGAGCAGCGCUGCCCUUAAGACUGCUGGCGGCAAAGCAGUUCUCGAUGAGGAAAUUGAAAGAAAUGAGCGGAGAGAUUAUCAUGAGGAAUACUUCACGGAAGAAGCGGAGCACUCUGUUGGUGGGGGUCGUCUCGAUCAGGGUUCAAGAGACAGCCAUGAGAGCACAGAAAGCAACCGUGAACAUGGCGAGGCUCAUUUAGCAGGGACGGAUGGCAGCAAUAUACACGAUCAAGAGUCCCGAUCAACGCCACAAGCUCCCGCUAGGAUCUCGCCCAGUGUGCUCGCCGUCGCAGAGAUGUUCGUUUUCAGCUACGGAGUGGUCGUCUUCUGGAAUUUCACAGAGAGUCAGGAGAAAGAUGUUCUUGCCGACUUGGCUUUCUCUCACUCGACGACCGGGGACCCUCUCUUUCUGGCCACCGUGCCGCUGCAGGAGGAAGAUUUCGAGACUGAAGAGUUCCAUUUCGAGUACUCUACCGAGAUAUCUCGGCCGCGCGUAUAUAACGACAUGAUCACUCUGCGGAGCGGUGACCAUAUGAUCAAAUUGGCAAUCAGUCAUGGAAUUGCCCAGAGCACCAAGCUCUGUUUCUUCGAGGAGGUCAUGGCCAGACAGAUGAGCGAAGCUAAAGACGUGCCCAGGAGACUAGCGACGACAGGAAAGCUGGGUAUGAAACGAGAAGAAGUCUUCCGGAUAUUAGGUCGGCUGUUCAAGAGCCGUGUUGAAGUCAAUCUAUCUUCGAAUAUGCUUGACGUGCCAAACUUCUUCUGGGAGAGCGAGCCGACCCUCUACCCGCUGUACAUCGCCGUCCGGGAAUACCUCGAGAUCAAACCGCGCAUCCAAGUCCUGAAUGAGCGCUGUCGUGUGUUCCUCGAUCUUGCCGAGAUACUGUCCGAUUCAAUUGCAGAUAACAAAGAAUCACACCAAACCUGGAUCAUCAUCGUCCUCAUCAUCAUCUCCAUCUUCGUCACCAUCUCCGAAGUCGUCCUCCGCUUUGGCCUCCUUCACGCCCGAUCCGGCCCCGCCUCCGCAUCCCCCUCACUUUUCUCCACCGUCUUCGGGUCACGAUGCACGUGUCCUACAAAUCUCAACUCGACCGCGGCCAUUGGCUCGUCUUUCCCACAGGGCAUGUUGGAAUAUACUACCUAGCUAGUAUAGUAAUGAUUACAUUCUAUCUCUUGAGAGGUGUGAAAAUGAAGGGAAGCAAGCAAGCCAAUUAAUGCGAUCAAUCCUUACAGGUAAAGGAUCAUGGACUUUGCAUUUUCUCUUUCUUUUUGAGUCAAAUGGCCAUUGACCAGGUCACUGUUUUGUGCCUUUCUCUCGUGUCUACCUAAAUUAUUUGUUCUUUUUAUCGGUAUAAUAAUCACUGUAGAACAUCCUCUUCCUCGCGUGGCGCAUGUUUCUAGUCCUGGUAGGAGUUGCGGGUCUCGCCUAGAUUCAGUACCUACUUUGCGGUACUACAUGUCGUAUGCUUGUAUGUAUGUAUGUACAAUGGACAGGUU